AUGGCGCCAACCACAUUCCUAUCCAUCCCACAGGAGAUUCGAAGUAUGAUCUACGCCUACUCCUUCUCCCAAGAGUCUCUCGAAGUCACGCCCGUCAACAAAAACGAAUGGUGGCUAAUAUGGCUGCCCACCCGCGACGAGACCCACAACCUCCUCGACCCAAUCGCCACAAACGCCAUGAUAGCAGACGAAGCCCGCACGAUAUACUUCGCACCCCUCAAAUUCACCAUCAAAGCAAAAGUUCCCGGCGUAAAUAUAGGCGCUUUUCCCGGUCGAGUGGUCAACGGCAACAUCGUCUUCCACAUCAACCACUACUCGCUGAAGGAUACACGACGACUAACCCGACGCAUGGCUCUGCUCAACGAGUACCCGAAUCUCAAGCGGUUGACGCUCUGCCCUGAAUUCGUCCCUCCAUCUAAGUUCUUUACCAAAACUUGGAAACAGGCUUCGAUCUGCAAGCGUCUUGAGAAUUUGUGCCAGACGACGGCACCAUUCGUGAAGAAACUGGGAGAUAGCUGUCAAUUUCGUCUGGAGUUUUUGGCGGUGCAGAAAUAUGCGGGCGGGUAUAAUUACGUGGACUGUGAGCUUCGUGGAUCGGUUGAAGAGGUGCGGUAUGUCAAUGAGUUGCUGAGGGGGAGGCCGUGGCGGAAGAAGGACAUCGAUUCGAGGAAGGGACCCAUUAUGUGGGUGCGAGAGGAUGUUCGCUAUCCAAGAUAG